AUGUAUGAAGAGGAUAAUAAAACGAUAUGGUGCGGUAACAUAUCGGAACAAGUGACUGAGGAAAUUCUGUAUGAACUGUUUUUACAGGCAGGCCCUCUUGAAAAGGUAAAAAUUGUUAAAGAUCGAGAUGGAAGACAAAGGAACUUUGCAUUUAUAACAUACAGACAUGAAGUGUCUGUACCAUAUGCACUGAAUUUAUUUCGAGGUACAGCCCUUUUUAAUAAAGCAUUAUCAAUGCAUUGUAGAGGGCGUAUGGUUCCAUUACCACCUUCUAUUCGUGCAUAUGGUGAUGAAGUACCCCUUGAAAUUCAUAACCAAAAUGUCAUCCAGCAAUUUGCUGCCAUGACAGAAAAGAUUAAGGACGAUAGCCAAAGACCCAUGCCAUUAUUAAGAAGUGAAAUGAACAAUGAGCUUGUUAUGGCUAGCUUACAAGGAAAUUGGUUGCAUAGGCACCACCCAUAUCAAACUAAUGAUAACAGAAAGCAUGGGCGAGACGACAAUAGACAUAAAGAAAGUCAGAAAAAGCACUCAAGCCACUGGAAGGAUAGGAAAAGGUCAAGAAAUUAUAGAAGAGAUUAA